UGAUAGAGGUAAAUGUAAGAACCAUACCAGAAUAAGAGAUAUUACAUAGAAAACAUAAUGGUGACUGUAACCUUAUUACAUAGCUUUUUGAUUUAUCAUGCCCUACACGUAUAUGUGACUUGACUUGCCUCUUUCCAGCUCCAAUCUUCCUCCAUUGUUUGAUGAUAUGACUGCUUGGCAGAAUAAAAGUCACGCUGCACCUGCCUCUGAGGGCUGGACUAAAAAAAUGAUAGGCCAAUACUAAACUGGAAGGCUUCAGGUGGUGCCCUUAGAGAAUAGGUGUGAAGCAAGAAGGCAUCAAGAACUGAUUUGGUAACCCAGACAGUGGUGGUGGAUCCAGUCAGAUGGGUGUAAAACAAGAGGGGGGGAGAUCUCAUUUAAAAUCUCACAUAACCAAAUACCACUACCAAACAAAUUCCUGAAUUUACCAAAAUAACACUUUGAAGACAUGUUGGGAAUUGGUAAACAAAUAUGGUAUUGUGGAACAAUUGGGAUUAUUGUUAUACAAUAAAUAGCUUUAACCAACCUCUUAAAAGAGCAUGAUCACCAAUAGGACAUAGGCCAGAGACGGAAAAAGAACCAAGCCUCGGGCACCAGAGGUGGCAGGGCAUCUGAUCCCGAAUUCCACCCUGUACCAAAUGGACAACGGAUAGAAUUUCCAAGUGUAAAUGUAACCAAUAGUACUGCUCCGUGUGUGGGGAAUAUGACUCAACUGUGACCCAAGUAGAAACAAUGACGCGCACACCGGACGCACCGCAUCUCGUACGGCUAUUUUCUGCCAUUCUGCGACCGACUUACUUAGUGCCUGGUGAAACUGUUUAAAAGCUCUUUGCAUCGAUCAACAGCUUCCCUUUCCCCAAUCCUAACAUUAACCAUUAGUAGGGGAAAUGCGAAACUGGCCCAAGAUCAAUGUCUAGGGGCAACUUUAACUGGCCUAAGGUGUUUGUUUUGAUAGGACAUCAUGGACUGUUGACAAAAACAAGUCCGUCAUAAAUAACAGUCCGAGAUUAAACGAGAGAGGGGAACAAUCGUGAAUACCCUUCCUAGUUCCCAUUUGCUUCUAUUUCUUUUCAAUUCAUGUAACAGUGUUACAGUAUCCCAGUGUUACAGUAUCACAACAACUGGGUAAACUCAUGAAACUACACCCAUCAUAUCCAGUUGGUUUUACAGUUCAUUGUUGUGAUGAUGUCAACCGAAUCAUUUCAAGGAUAGGCCUAGCUGAUGCAGUCCACUUGCUUUAUCUAAAUCGUGUCGCUGAUUCUUUUGCUUCUCUCUCUCUCUCUCUCUCUCUGACAAGUAAUAUAGACAUUUGGAGCUAUAGAAAUGCUGUGUUAAUUGAGCCGCCUAUUCAAGAAUUCCAGGUGUUUGUACACAUUUCAGUUUGGAAGAAAAUAUUUCUGAAGAAAGAUCUUCUUUAUCCUCCUAAACGCUCUAUUCUGGGUGUCUGGCUUGGCCCUGGUCAUGGUGGGGGCUAUGUCUCAGCCCACCUACACAGAAAUGGAGUCUUUCACCCACAUAUCCCAGGGCAUGUCUCACACCUCCAUCCUCCUCAUAGUGGUGGGUAUCAUCGUCUCCCUGCUGGCCUUCCUGGGUAGCAUUGGGGCGUGGUCAGACAGCCGUCUGCUCCUUGGAUUGGCGGAGAGAAGGAUCACACUGAAAGUCAACGAGGUGAUCGUACAGCACAGCCCCAGGGAUAAGGUUGCCAUCGUUGACCUACAGCAUGCAUUCCAUUGUUGUGGUGCAGAGAACUGCACUGACUGGCUCCUGCAGAGCUCUCAUGGGAAUAUUAGUUUUGUGCCACACUCCUGUUGCCAUGUGGAUUAUGUGGCCUGUGUGAAAGUCGUCACCACAGACAAUAUCUACCAGAGGGGCUUUGUGCAGGUGAUCAAAGAGUCCCUGAAGAGGAACCUGGUGUGGCUGGGUGCCGCCUGCAUUGUACUGGGUCUCAUAGAGGGCUCAGAUGGAAGUGAUUACGCUGCAGAGGGAGAGAUAAAUUACAGAGAGAACCUACAGAGCUCCAGCCCUUCUCCUUUAUCCACUCACUCAUUCACUCACUUACACAUACAGGCACGCAAUCACAUGCACAGGAGCACAUGCCCUGCCGCCAGUCCCACCACCUUGCUUCUGGUGGUACAUUUCCACUCCUGGCUGUGUCAGGACAAUGCGCCAGUGUGCUCCCCUCCCUCCCCUCUCGUGGGCCGAGUGAGUGCGCGAGGCAUGAGGGCCAGGGUUGUAAAUUCCUCUGAAAGAGCAGUUAAGAAGGCUACCAUUAAAACGGGGAUCGACGCUCGCCAGAAAGGAGCCGAAGAAAUGAGUCAUCACCUGGAGCCUGAAGGGUUCCAGAGCCUGCAGAACCACAGAGGAGAGGAACUGUAGAAAUAGAAUGGAUAGAACAUACGGUAUCUCUCAUUUUAGAUGUAUACAACUUAGGUCAACUAAGUUGAGAUGCCAAGGAAGCAUUGUGAUUAGAUGACAUGAGCGUUAUAAUUGUGAUAUUUAACUACAAUGUCACAUUUCUUUGUUUUCUAAUUUAAUUAUUUGGACAUAUUCAAAAAAAUAUAUGUCUUG